AUGGAGUACACGAGGAUCCCACAUCACCCGGUUCUGAAUAUCCCAAACCACAACCAAAGCAAUGAAGAAGUCGACUUAGAAGCCUACCCUCCUCCCCUCGAUGUCCGACGCUCCAGACCCAGCUUUUCUCAUGCCCGGAACGAAUCGGAGGUUUCAUCCUUUAGCGGUAUCACGUACUUUGAUCAAUCCACUCUUGAAUUCGAUCCUCCCCCGACGGAGCGCAAGGACAAUGCGUCAAGGCUCUUGCCACACGGCGGCUCGAGAGACUCCGAGUCCAGCACUCGCAUUGUUCCUCGCAAACGAGACUGGCUCAAAGAAUGGUGGUUCUGGGAGGUUGGAGGCUGCGUGGUCAGCAUUGUCUGCAUGUCAUUGACCGCCUACUUCAUUUACAAGUUCGAUGAAAGACCACAGUCUGAUUGGAAAUUCUUCAUGAGCCCAAACACAUCCAUAUCCACCCUCAUUACUAUCACGAAGACUUCCAUGCUACUCCCGGUCAUGGAAUGCAUUUCCCAGCUCAAGUGGAGGUACUUCUGGACAGGAAAACGCCCGCUUGUUGAGCUCGAGGCUUUUGAUGCCGCUAGCCGGGGACCAUGGGGAUCCUUUGUCUUUGCGGGGAAGACCAAAUUAAAGUCCAGGAUUACUCUGCUUGGGGCCUUCAUCGUGGUCGGCUCCCUCGCCAUGGAACCUUUGGCGCAGCAGAUUGUUUCCUUCGAGACCAGAUGGCAUUCCCGACCCGCUGGUGAGGUUACCCAGCUCUGUGACAAGAACUUCGUCAUUACAGCCAAUAAUGAAACCGGCAAUCACUUGGUUAAGAGUAUGGCAUGGACCGCCGGUCCUGUACCGGAAAUCACGGAUUGGAACAGCACCGGGCUUCUGACCCGCUUCAUCAUUGGGAGGUUUAGGCAGUAUUGGACAGACAGCGACGAGUUUGACCCUGUCUCCAAUACGCCUGAACUGACUAAGUGCGACCUGCUCUGGUCCGCAAAGCUUUACGAAAAUUUCACAUACCAAAAUGGCACCGCGAGCAAUAAGGGCGACCUCCCUUACAAUUUUACCCUCUCGGAAAUACCUCUCAAACGUCAGCCAAGCCCGAACCCAGACGUGUCUGUUUUCAGCAUCGAUAAAGAGAAUCUGGGAACCCACAACGAAACCUAUUUGAACAAAAUCUUUGACACCACCUUCAACGUCUCAAAUAAUGAACAGCGGAUAUUCGAAGUCAACAAUACCGUCUACAACAUCACGUCCCUCUUUCUCAGCAGCAUGCUAAACAUGCAUCUUACGGACACGUCAAUGAGCACAGGCUCAUUUUUCGAAGAGAAUAACAAGUUCGAUCAGUUCUUUGGACGUGCACUUCUUUACGGCGACAGCAUCCAGGAAACUAUGGGGAGCGUCGCCCAGAGUAUCACCAACAUGAUACAGCCCACCGGCGAUGUGCAGGCGGCGGAUGGUACACCCGAUAGUUUUGUCGAAGCUUUCACAGGAGUGGCCGAGACGUACGUUGUGAUGCGGAUGCGCUGGUUUGCCUUUACCGGCUCAAUGGUGUUCCUCAGCACUGUCUUUCUGCUCAUUACAAUCUUCCUCAACCGCCACACAAAUACUCCUCCGUGGAAGUCAUGCUCGCUUCCAUUCUUAUUUCACGGUUUGGAGGGGUGGAAUGAGUACAAUGAUGAAGAGCUGAGGGAGAUGGAUGCACGGGCGAAAGGGAUGCGGGCCAAAUUGGAGAAGAAUGCGGAGGGAAACAUCAAAUUUAUGAAGCGUUGA